CGGCUUCCCGGCGUGCACCGCGUCGUGACGUCACAUCCCGGAAGCGUUGCUAUGGCGGCGAGCGCCCUCAGCGGCCUGGUCGCUGCGUUGGAGACCCACCGGGGCCGCGACCGGGCGGUCCGUGCUCUCUGCUAUGGCUGUCAGCUGGCAGGGGGAGCGCUGGCCGGGCCGCAGGCCUCCCCGUCCGGCCUGCCCGGGAGCCUGCUGGCCGUGUCUGCCGAGCUGAGCGCCUGCCGCACGGCGCUGCGCCUCUUCGAUGACCUCGCCAUGCUCCGCUACAGCUGCGGCUACGGGCUGGGCCCCAAGGACGAGGACGGGCUGGUGCGGGCGCUAUCGGUGCUCUGCAACGUGGCCAACCAGCUGUACUACCCCUGCGAGCACGUCGCUUGGGCUGCCGACGCCGGCAUCAUCCGUGCCCGUGCCCAGAAGUGGUGGACCCUGAGCAUGGGGCUCUGGGCAUUGUCCCUGCUCCUGGGUAUCCUGCGAUCCCUCAGAAUCUUGUGCCAGUUAAGAAAGCUGCAGCAGCACAAGGGGACAUCUUCGCCUCAGAUUCGGAAGGAAGUGAAAGCCCAAGUGAAGGCUGAAGUUCUGAGCAUCCUCGCACAAGGGGCAGAUCUCUCCAAUGCAAUCCAUUGGCUGCCUCCAGGAUUUCUGUGGGCUGGAAGGUUUCCAACAUGGUUAGUUGGUCUCCUGGGGACAGUAUCUUCCCUGAUAGGUAUCUACCAGGCCUCUAGAGGAGGGAGUUCUGAAGCUGCCUAAACCAUCAUUAAGCUUUAGGAGCCCAGUUUUUACCUGGUGAAGAUGCCUUCAGUGAGGCAGGGUGCACUUUAACUCUCCUGGGAGGCAAUGGUUGUGAUUUCACCCAUCCUGUAAUUGGGACUGUAAUCAAGAUGUCUAUUACAGAGAGGGUUGUUUGCAGCUAAUGAUUGUUAUCACUCUAUUGAGAAAUCUUUCAGGUUAAUCCUCUGACAAAUCAAAAAACCUAUGCUUGGUAAAAUAGGGAAAACAGGGAAAACAACUUCCAUCCUCCAUCCCAAAUGACAAAUGCAACCCUCCAGUCUUUGCUGUCACUUAAAAGCGCACAAAGUCAGCAUUAGGAGGGAAACCAGCCACGGUUCUGUCACACAAAACUUCCGAGAGCUGGAUCCUGUGAGCCUGAUGCCUUGGGAGGUGAUCUCGAUCAUGGGACUUUCUCCAUCGGAUAUUCCAGUUUUUGAGCCCAGAACUGCUGCCCCCAGCAGAAACAGGAGCCAGCGGUUAUUUUAUGUUGGUUGUGUUUCUGUGGAGGCGAGAGGGGAAGGAAAUAACCACUGGGAGCCGUGUGGGGCGUUCUUGGAGUCCGUGUUGCUCAUUAAGGAGUAAUACUGGAAGUUGGGACUUGGUGGGUGAAGGAGAAGCUGCACCGAGCUUCCAGCCGUGCCUUGCUGGACUGCCGCCGGGUGGAGCUCUUCCACCAGGCUCCGGCAGCAGCGGAUGUAUUAAUCCCCGUUCAAAGAACCAAUCCAACCCAUGCCAAGAUGGGGUUUACAGUUGUAUUUCUAGGUGGUGCCAAUAAUAAACGAGAUGAACGCUUCGAA